AUGUCAACACCAAAUCAUUCAGAACAAGAACAACCAUCAAAACGAAUCAAAUCAACUCUAACUCCAUUCACUUCACCUUCUCUUCAUGACCAUCCAUCAGCUCCAGCUUAUCGUACUAGACUCAGAACUCGUUCAAAUCAAACUCAAUCACCUUCACCAUCACCUUCAUCACAAAUCAAUCUUCACCAUUCAACUACGACGACUCAUCAUCUCAUCAAUCUAAGCCAAGAUCCAUUCCCCAUCGAUCCUGCAUUAAACCCAUCACCAAACCGUUCACCAUCCUCACCAUCAUCCUCAUCAUUCCGCACGAACUGUGAAUGUCAAAGCACAUCACCCAACCAAAUCUUGAACAUAAACCCAUCCAGACCUCAAGCUGAUCAAAGAAACCCAAGUAUCAUCAAUUUACCAAGUGAAUUAUUAGAAGAGAUUUCAAACCAUUUAUCAAAUGAGAUUCCAAGUUUAUUAUCUUUAUCUUUAACUCAUAGUCAAUUAAAUUGGAUAGCUUUGAAAACUUUAUAUCAUUCUCCUUAUCUUGAUUCACGUUAUACAGCAUGGAAAUUAAGAACUACUUUAAGAAAUCAUGAAAAGCUUUCGAAAUUCAUUAGAGUCUUGGAUAUCGAUUUGAAUAAGCUUUGUAAAGCUUCGAUGUGGGCUUCUUGGCAUUUACAAGAAACAGGUGGUGCAGUAGUAGAUGUUUUAUCACAAUGUCAAAACCUAAUUGAUCUAAGAUUACAAAUGCCCAAAGAAUCCUCAAUGUUCAUGCAAGAAUUUAUCCUACCUAUCCGAAACCUAAGUAACCUACAAACGUUUUACAAAGAUUUAAAACCGACUCAAGACCUCUUUAACGAAAGUUUUCAAUCCAGAAUCAAUCCACCCGCAUGGAUUUCAAUGUUACAACUCUUAUCGAUGAUUGGACAUUUAUCUACAUUAAAAACUUUGGCUAUUAGAGGUUUAGGAUCAAGUUUAAGUUCGAAACCUAUCUUUAAAUCUCAACCGAUUUCAUCUUUUUUAAUUAAUUUGAUUAUCGUUCAAACUUCUAUUAAAGAAAGAGAUCUUCAACAGUUAUUAAGGUAUAAUUCGGGACUUAAGUCUUUGACUUUGAUCGAAUCUACUUGUAUUUCAAAAAGAGGCUUAGUAGAAGCUUUACAAGCUUGUGGAAAAUCUCUUGAAGAAUUAAUCAUCGGACCAGGUUGGUGGGGUAAAAGUGAUACUUCUUUUCCAUUAGACGAUGUGAUUGGUAGUUUAAAUUCAUUAAAGAAAUUAAAUGUAGAAGGAGACCUAAUCAGUCCCGAGUUUUUUAAAUCAACCUAUCAAUUAAAUCAUCAAAAAACUCAUCAAAGUCUUACUAGAUUAAACGAAUUGAAAGUUAAGAAAUCUAAUACGUUUAAGUUUAGGGAAACUUUGAUUGGAUUAAAGGAUAUGAUUAAGUUUCAUUCGACUAUUAAUCCUGGUUUAACUUCCAGAGGUGGAGUGGGAACUGGAGGGGGAUUGGUGGGAGGAGGAGGAGGAGGAGAAGGGGAAGAUGGUUGGGUACCUCCGAUUAAGUUGAUCGAGUUGGAAAACUUGGGUAAAUUAGGUUGGAAAAAAGAUGAAAUGAGUUUAGUAAAUGAAAUUUAUUAUCCUGGAACAUUUGUAAUUUAA